UCACCAUCAGCGUACCCUUGUCAAACUGCCUUCGCGACGUUAUUCAGCGCCGAGGGAACUUGGUAACGAACGCCACAUCCAAUAUCCUCUUGAUUUCACAGCUCAACCACCAUUGAUUCGUGGUCCGCCAUGGAAUGAUAUAAUUCUCUCGACACUUAGACAAAUCUCCACCGAGGCUCCCGCCGAUCGCGGCGCAUUAUUUCCAACAUGAGCGACCUCGAUGAGGCGAUCGCUCAACUCCGCGCUUGUCGCCCUAUACCAGAGCCCCAAGUACGCGAGCUAUGUUUGAAAGCUCGCGAAAUCCUUCUCGAGGAGGGUAACGUAGUGACCGUCACUGCUCCCGUCACAAUAUGCGGCGACAUUCACGGCCAAUUCCAUGACCUCAUGGAGCUUUUCCGGGUUGGUGGCGAUGUGCCAGACACCAAUUACCUCUUCAUGGGCGACUUUGUCGACCGCGGCUUCUAUUCACUCGAGUCUUUUCUCCUUCUCCUCUGCCUCAAGGUUCGAUAUCCGGACCGGAUGACCUUAAUCCGUGGCAAUCACGAAUCGCGCCAAAUAACGACAGUAUAUGGGUUUUAUGAUGAAUGUUUGAGAAAAUACGGCAGUGCAAAUGUAUGGCGAUACUGCUGCGACGUGUUUGAUUACUUGGCGCUGGGUGCCAUCGUGCUCGGCGCGUCACAUACGCUGGGCCCUUCAAAGAAUCCGGCAGAAGAUCAAGCUGGACCCGAAUAUGAGGUCGAAGUCUGCAGCAACACCGGAGAUGUCGUCCAACGUUUUCUGCGUAAGCCACGUGAAAACAUGAUUGGGUCUCAAGGUAGCACUCACGGCGGCUCUUCCCCUCCGCCAGAAGCCCAAGGUGGCGGCGCCAAUUCUUCCGUGGGCCCAAUGACUGGCCCUCCAGGUAGCGGCGCAUCCGGAUCGAGCGGGGGCUCCCUCGGAAACCCGGCAGGUGCCGUGUUUUGUGUUCACGGGGGACUGAGCCCGCUCGUUGACUCGAUCGAUAAGAUCAGACUACUGGAUCGUAAGCAGGAGGUUCCUCAUGACGGCGCAAUGUGUGAUCUCCUGUGGUCCGACCCAGAUGACAUUGCUGGCUGGGGCUUGUCGCCGCGCGGUGCAGGAUUCCUCUUCGGACCAGACGCGACCAAGGAGUUCAAUUACAAGAACGAUUUGAGCCUCAUUGCGCGGGCGCAUCAACUCGUUAUGGAGGGCUUCAAGGAGAUGUUCGACGCAAGCAUUGUGACCGUGUGGUCGGCGCCCAACUACUGCUACCGCUGCGGCAACGUCGCUGCCCUGCUUGAGCUGAGCGAGGACGAGUCUGGACUCGGCGUAUUUGCCCGCAGCAACGGCGAGGUCGGCCGCAGCGAUGGCGGGUUCUCGCGGAGAAAUGAGGCUCGAGGCGUCAUGUCUGAGCAGGAAGUUACGAACCGUCCCAUUGGUCCUGCUCGCAGAUAUCGUGUGUUUCUUGCAGCACCCCAGGAUUCUCGCGGGAUGCCUGCAAAGAAGCCCGUGGCCGAUUAUUUCUUGUAGUAUUAUACGCACUCUUUGAGGGUUAGUACGGUGAAAACCGGGUGGCAUACGAGGCCACGGGAUGUCGGGCUUGGUGAAGGCGGCCGUUGCCGGUUUGCAUUUCGUUUCUCUAUAUCGAGGAUAUGUUACACCAUCCAAGGAGCUUUGGCGUUAUUGCGUUAUUCUUGUUUUCACUUAUUGAUUACAUCGCUAAUACGAAGCGGAAAUACCCACUCGAAACCAAAAAUACA